UCUGUCAUGUCUUGAUUGGACACGGAAGGUCCAUUGUUAGAACAUUCAAAAGGGACCACUUUCUGAAGGAAGCUGUGUUGCAAAUGAACUGUUCAUUUUGCAGUCGAGAGUUUCACUUGCAAAUGAAACUAUGUUGCACUUGCAGUCGAUUGCGAUGAUUUGAUCCCAGAAGUCCCAUCCCGGGCACGGAUAGUUCUCCCUUUGUGAAAGGCUGGAGCCCUGCAAAUUCCGAGCAGUAUUCCUUGAAUAUUCCUCCUCGUUUCUACUCUGUUCUUCCUCGGACUCUCUCUCUCUCUCUCUCUCUCUGCCUGCAAGUCUCUAUCAUGUCUUAAGCGAAAGUCAAAAGUCCUCAACCUCUCUCCUCUCUACUUCCGUCUCCUUAACAAGAACAGACAUUCAUUUCACCGAAUCCCAGUCCCCUCCCCUCUUUGCUUCUUCAGACUUUUCAUGUUCAUGUCCUCCUCGCCGCCCCGCAAGAACUCGAAGGAGAAGUACCCCUGAUCCUAUUCCUCACCCGGGUCCUCCAUGGAGCUCCUGAAGCCCUUCCACCCCCACCUCAACCCCGCCGGAGGAGACCCCCUCCCUAGGUUCUCCUCGCCGGACAGCUUCAGCCGUGAGGUCGACCGCGCUGCCGGGUUCCACGAGGUGCCAGGCGGCAUGGAAAAAGUGUAUGUCGCCGUUGGGAGGUCUGUUGACAAGGCAGUGGCUUUGAUCCAUUGGAGCUCCGAGAGGUUCAGUGGCAGAGAGAUUUGUCUUGUUCAUGUUCACCAGCCGUCUCCUCUGAUUCCUACUCUCUUGGGUAAAUUACCAGCAAUCCAAGCAAAUCCGGAGGUGGUGUCUGCUUACAGAAGGCAGGAGAGGGAGCAGAUGAAAAAGCUCUUGCAUAACUAUCUGAUUAAGUGCCGUGCUUUCAAGGCAAAGGUGAGCUUCAUCACGAUAGAAGCAGAUCAAGUGCAAAAGGGAAUUGUUGAUAUGGUGAACAAGUAUGGUAUUAGGAGGCUCGUUAUUGGGGCUGUCCCAGAAAAUUGUAUGAGUAUCAAGAAAAGCUCCAGUAAAGCAAAUUACGCAGCAAAAAAUGCUCCCCCCUUUUGCGAGAUUCUGUUUGUCUAUAAGGGCAAGCACAUCUGGACCCGGGAUGCCUUGGAAGAACCAGUAGCAUUAGCUGCGCCUAGUAAUACCGAGCCUGAAAUAUCCCCUGAAUUUGUUCAACACAAUCCUACAGACAUUAGACGCACUAGCAUCGAAAGCUGGCUUCAACGUGAAUCGGUUUACUCAGAUAUGGCAGUGCCAGCUACUGCUAAUAUAUGUCUUCCCAACUAUAACCAGAUAUUGUUUAGUACUACUAACAGCAGCACGUGCUCCAGUUCUUCUGCCGAAAGACGAGUUUCAUCGGAUUCUGAUCUUAGGAUUGAUGAAGAGAAUCUAAACAGUCGCCUACGAGAAGCCUUGCUACAAGCUGAGGCAUCGAGGAAUGAAGCAUUUCAGGAGCUGAUGAAACGUAGAAAACUAGAAUCAGAAGCCGUGGAAGUUAUCGAAAAGGUCAAAGCACUGGAGACAGCAUAUCUAACUGAAUCUAAAACUCGGAAAGAAGCAGAGGAUGCCCUCAGAGAUACCCUUCAGGGGCAAGAAAAGUUUCUGGAAGAGAGAGAAGAGGUAGGGAGAGAACUACAGAGAACAAUGAGAAAUGUGGCACUUCUUGACACCCGUGCUCAAGAAGCUAAUCAAAGACGUGAAGAAGCAGUCCGAGAACUACAGGUCAUCCAAGCUUCUAUCGCCACACUGCAGCUUGAAAAGCAGAGGAUUCGAAGGCAGAAGAUGGAAGCUGUUCACUGGCUUGAUAGGUGGAGAAGCAGGGGCCAAUCUCGAGCUGUGAGGUGCAACGGAUUUGUUGGUCUCCAUGAAGAUUUCCCGGAAUUGGCAGAGUUCUCGUUGUCGGAAGUUCAAUCAGCGACUUGUAAUUUAUCCGAAAGUUUCAAACUCGGUCAAAGCGGUUUUGGCUGUGUUUAUAAAGGGGAACUGUUGGGCAGGACCGUCGCAAUUAAGCUGCUUCAUCCUCAUAACAUGCAAGGGCAAUUCGAGUUUCAGCAAGAGGUUCAAGUCCUUGGAAAACUACAGCAUCCUCAUCUGGUGACUUUGCUCGGUGCAUGCUCAGAAGCUUGGUCUCUUGUUUAUGAAUACCAGCCCAAUGGGAGCCUCCAGGACCAGCUCUUCCGCAAGAGCAAAAGCUCUCCUCUCCCUUGGAAGGACCGGGUUCGGAUCAUAGCCGAGAUCUCAAGUGGCCUCUGCUAUUUGCACUCUUCCAAGCCUGAGAAGAUCGUUCACGGGGCUCUGAAGCCCGAGAACAUCCUCCUCGACUCUGAGCUCAAGUGCAAAAUCUGUGACUUCGGGAUCUGUAGGCUUGUCACCGAGGAAACCCUGCACUAUCCUAGCUUCCGGCGGGUCACCGAGCCCAAGAAUGCAUUCCCCUACACAGACCCAGAGUUCUAUAGAACAGGAAUAUUGACCCCAAAAUGCGAUGUUUAUGCCCUCGGGCUAAUUAUCUUGCAAUUACUCACGGGGAGGCCUCCAAACGGGUUAAUCGCAGAGGUUCGAAGGGCAGUGUCAAUUGGGAAACUGGAUACUCUUCUCGAUUCAUCGGCAGGAGAAUGGCCUAUGAAAGCAGUGAAGAUAUUGGCGGAGCUGAGCCUGCAGUGCUGUGAAUUGCAGUCUCGAAAUAGGCCUGAAGUGAUACCUACUUUAGUGAAAGAGUUGGAGCAGUUGUACAUCUCAGAAGAACGGCCCGUGCCUUCCUUCUUUUUAUGUCCAAUCUUUCAGGAAAUAAUGCACGACCCUCAGAUUGCAGCGGAUGGUUUCACGUAUGAAGGAGAAGCCAUUCGAGGGUGGUUGGAGAACGGCCGCGAGACAUCUCCAAUGACCAAUCUGAAUCUCGAGCACUUGCAUCUCACCCCGAACCAUGCCCUGAGACAGGCAAUUCAGGACUGGCUCUGUAGACCUUGAGAUCUAAUCCUGUUCCUUGUAUCUGUGCUUGGCCUGUAUCUUAAUGAAAAUAGCAGUUAGGACCAUAUUUUGUUAGCAGACAGAAGUAUUUUGCCCAAGAUCAUGCAGUGUAUGUAGCAAGGUAGACAGGGGAAGCUUACAUCUGGAUAUUCGUACAUCAAUCAAGUAGUUUACCAAAUUCACAUCUAAA